CCCUCUUUGCCUUGUCACACAGCGUCUGCUGCGUCUCAUCAUCCCCAGGACUUCCAUACCAUAUCAUACCCCACCCCCUCCCUAUAUCACCACCUCCCUUCUCCCUCUCCUCGCCAUUUGCUCACCACGCCCACCACAGCUAGUCCAUUGACGCCCGCCUCAGGGUUAGCGAGAGCUCCCCGGCCGGGUGCUGCUGCCGCUCGAUCUGCCAUGGCCGGAUCCUGCUGUUUCCAAGCAGGAGGGGGAGUAGGCUGUAGUAGCAGCAGCAGCAGCCGGACGACGACGACGACGCGGCGGCGACCAUCAUUAACACAGCAGCCGCCGUGGCGGAGGCUGGUGCUGGUGUUUCUGGUCCUCCUGCUGCUGGUGCCGAGCUGCUGCCAGGCGACGCGAGGCAUGCAGCCGUUCAGGGGGAAGCCACUGGAGGCAGGCAGCGCCAACCAUUUCCUGGGGUUCUUGCCGCGGGGGCCCGUGCCGCCGUCGGGCCCCUCGCGGCAGCACAACUCCAUCGGAGCGCAGGACCAAAGCCAUCCCUGACGACGACGACGACAUGCCGGUGCGAUCGAUGCAUGGGAAGAACGAAGCCGGCAGCCGGCCGGCCUGCCUGCCUUGGUGCCAAUCGAUGGAGGCUGAUCGAGGAAGAUAUAGUAGAGUAAGAUCUCGAAGAGAGUUCUCGCAUCAUCAUAUCAUAUCAUGGAUUAAUUAGAUUCAUGGUUGGUUGCCAAUUGUAGCUAAGCAAUUAAGCUCGUAGCAGUAUUGAUUAGUUAGUUAGUUAGUUAGUUAGUAUACGUAGCAGUAGCAGCAAUAUAUACUUAUGUAUACUUGGAGGGAACGAAGAGGAACAAGUAAGGAGGCACGUUUUUUCUCCGUACGUAGGACGAUGUACAUGACUACAUGAGGCUAUUGUGUUUUUUUGGAGAAGAUGGGUGGUGGCGUACUGGCGUUGUUUCUGUCCCGUUUCAUCGUUGGUGCACUGGUGUUUCUUGCUUAUUCUUCCUGCUUUCUGCUA